AUGUCGAAUAUCAAAGCGGAAGCCACCGAGCCUGACCCAGCUUCUACCUCAAUCAGCAACGAUGAGACUUUGAACAAGACUGAAGGCGAUCCCUCUGCUCCUACCGACACAGAUUCUGUCAUGGCUGAGGCUUCAUCCGAGAAGCAAGACGGAGUUGCAGAGGCCAAGAAGGAGGAGACGGAAGAUGUCAAUAUGGAAAAGAACGGUGAAGCCAUCACCGCCAAGGAGAAGAACGGGGACUCUAAGCAGGAAUCAUCCGAAAAGGAUAACUCCAAAAUUAAUGGUGACUAUGGAAAUAGAGAGCACAAGCCAUGGGUCAAGCAUGAGAACCGCAGCAAAUAUGACCCUUCAGUUUUGCCAGACUCUGAUGACCCAAAAGAGAUUCGCGCACAGGUCGAAUUCUAUUUUGGCGACUCCAACCUCCCCACCGACGCCAAUCUGUGGAAGGAAACCGAUGGCAGUAAUAAUAAAGCAGUGCUAAUUACGGAAAUCCACAAAUACAAGCGCAUGCAUCGAUUCCAGCCCUACGAGACCGUGGUCGCGGCACUCCGAGAAAGUUUGUUCUUGGAUGUUGUCGACGGCGAGACAGAGGGCCUUGAGAGGGUUAAGCGUAAGGAAGCUUAUGAUCCCCACCUUCCAAGAAGCAAGCUCGACGCGCGAUCCAUCUACGCCAAAGGAUUCGGCGAGGAAGAGCCCAGUUCGCAAUUCGACAUCGAGGCAUUCUUCGCACGUUUCGGCACCACCAACGCCGUUCGUCUUCGCCGUACUGAGGAUAGAACCUUCAAGGGCUCCGUUUUUGUGGAGUUUGUGGACGUGGAGACGGCCGAGGCCUUCCUGAAGCUUGAUCCAAAGCCCAAGUGGAAGGAGACGGAGCUGGAGAUUACUUCCAAGGCUGCCUACAAGGCGAAGAAGGAUGCUGAGAUCAGAGCUGGAAUCACGAAGCCCAAGGAGUCAUGGGGACCACGUGGCAAUGGCGGAUUCCGGGGCCGUGGUGGUCGUGGCGGUGGUCGUGGUCGCGGAAAUUACGAGCGCGGCGGUAGAGAUGAUCAUCGUGGCCGAGGCGACCGCGAUCCAGAUGACUGGAAGAAGAGACGUGAAGACGACCGCGCUUCGGGAUUCAAAGACCAACGAGGCAAUCGCAAGAACCAUGAUCACAAGGGUGGUCGAGGUGGCCGUGGUGGCCGACGCGAUGACAACAGAGGACCUCGCAACCACGACCAAAAGCGUCGCGGCGACGCCGAUACCGAAAACAACAACGGCGAUGCUUCAGCCUCAAAGAAGGCCGAUGACAAGCCCAAGUCCGAGGAUUCUGCCGCUGCUGCUCCAGCUACCGAGAAGAAGGAGAAGCGUGCGCGCGAGGAUGAUGGUGAAAUUGCGGGUGGACCAGCCAAGAAGGUUGACAACAAGUCGGAAGUUAAGGCCGAAGCAUCAUGA